AUGUCCAACCCCAUGUUUGGCCCAGACUACCUUAGCGCCGAAGAAGAGCGCUUGGUCGAGGACCUAACCCAGCAGUCAAUACGGACCUACAUCGACUCACAAGCUGUACCUGUCGCGGAGGCCACAUCCUUUGAUUCAUCCGUCCUCACUGAUCUGGGUUGGGAUACUAGCUCCAUCAUUGGCGAUAAUGCUGGGAGUGUGCCUAGCAAUGCCUACGAAGCAUUAUAUCCUCUCGAGCCAACACAACCUUCCGAAUCAUCACAACCUCUGGAGCAAACACAACCCCUAGAACCAUCACAACCCCUCAAUCAGAAUACCCUACCCACCCCUCAGGCUCAAUCACAGACUCACAUACCCGCACGCACCCCAGCUGCCAGCCUCCAUCGCAUGUCAAUGGCCCGGGUGCACACGGACAUUCGGGAGAAAUGCCGACCUGUACCGACAUCAGCAGACAAUUCACCUCUUUCCCAAGAGUGUCGUGUGUGA